AUGCGCCAAGCUUUGGCAGUGAUCGAGGCGCAGCCAGACGGCCUGUGUGGCGGCUGUGCGGAGUGGCAGGCCCGGCACCGCCGGGACACGAAGCAGCUGCUGCAGGAAGUCGCCCAUUUGCGGGCGGCCCUGCAGAAGGCUCUCGCUCAGAUGGCGCAGCUUUUGCCGCCGGAAGACCUCCUCAGAUUGCAGGAGGAGCUCAACCUCGAUUCGCGCCUGUUUGGCCAUGUCUCCAAGCCCGGCAUCACAGAGAAUGAUCUCGCAGCGAUGAGGCUGGCUAGCGUUGGCAAGGAGGUGGCCGACCUAAAGGCAGAAAACGCAGCGCUGAAGAAGCGACAAGCUGAGAGUGAUGCAGAGCUGGCACAGCAGCGGCAGCUGAACGCAUCGCUGGAGAAGGAGCUACGGCAAUUGCGGGAGCUGAGGCAGAUUCAGACGGAGGCUGGCGGCCCCGAGUUUGCCUUCGGGACGCGAAGAGAUCGCACAAAACCUCAGAAGACAAAGGACUUGUCUCUGUUCCCUCGGACUUGGUCGAAACAGAUGGAGGACUCCUACUUCAGCCGGCGUCCCUCGAGACCGUCCGUGAUCAAUGUGAAGCUGGCUCCAUCGACAAGCCUCGGCCGGCUGGACCUCAGCGGGAACCCUUGA